AUGUCAGUGAUCUCGGCGAUGCCUACGCAUGUCAUGUCAUGCUUUCGUCUGCCAAAAAGGGUUACAAAUAAGCUCUCUAGUGCGGUUUCAAAUUUCUGGUGGAGUAAUAAUGGGCAAACUCGGGGAAUGCAUUGGCUGGCAUGGAAAAAACUAUCCCGGCACAAAAAUGAUGGGGGCUUGGGAUUCCGUGUUAUUGAGGAUUUUAACACGGCUUUACUUGCAAAACAACUCUGGCGGCUAAUAGACUACCUAGACUCGCUGUUUGCAAGAGUGUUCAAAGGAAGGUAUGACCGGAAUUCUAUGCCUUUGGACCCUAUUAGAUCUUACUCUGCCUCUUACGGAUGGCAAAGUAUAGUCUCGGCUCAACCUCUGGUACAAAAAGGGCUUAUUAGAAGAGUUGGUUCAGGAACAUCUGUGUUAGUUUGGGAUGAUCCAUGGAUUCCAGCUUCUCGCCCGAGGCCAGCCAACGGAUCUGGGAUUAACUUUUACCCUCAUCUCCGGGUGAGUGAACUGAUAAAUUCCAGCACAGCAACGUGGAACCUUCCACUAUUAAACCAGUUAUUUGACAGUACGGAUGUCACGCUGAUUAUGGGGAUCCCAUCUUCACAUGCCGCCCGACCAGACUCUCUGGGAUGGUUUUUCACGAAGUCGGGUCGAUAUACGGUUAAAUCGGGAUACACAGUCGCAUAA